UGACGUCACUCGGCGUCGGCCCGUGACGCUGCGUCUCUUUGUUGGGCCAGCAGUAGCGUCGCUCCUCUGUUGUUGUUUUCUCUGCUGCUGGAAAAACUGGAAUGCUAGCAGCUAAAGAAGUAUUCUCGUUUUGUUUUGCUCUGUCUGCCAAAUAACACAUAAAGAACUUAUCUCACUUGGCGUGUCGCUACAUUAAAAGCAACCCAGUCAUGGACUCAGACGAGGGUUACAAUUACGAAUUCGACGACGAGGAAGAGGAAUGCAGCGAAGACAGCGGUGAAGAUGAGACCGCGGACGACACCCUGGAGCUCGGCGAGGUAGAGUUGGUUGAUCCCGUUGUGGCCGGCGGAGAGCGAGACGACUGCGGGGAUACCGGGGGAAGCGGCCUCGGGCCCGGGCAGGAUGAGGAAGAUUACCGCUUUGAAGUUCUUACUGCCGAACAGAUCCUGCAGCAUAUGGUGGAGUGUAUAAGGGAGGUCAACGAGGUCAUCCAGAAUCCUGCUACAAUCACUAGAAUAUUACUUAGUCAUUUCAACUGGGACAAAGAAAAGCUGAUGGAAAGGUACUUUGAUGGUAACCUGGACAAGCUGUUUUCAGAGUGUCAUGUUAUAAACCCCAGCAAGAAGUCUCGGACACGCCUCAUGAACACAAGAUCGUCGGCACAGGACAUGCCAUGUCAGAUCUGCUAUCUCAACUAUCCUAACUCGUACUUCACUGGUCUGGAAUGUGGGCACAAGUUCUGCAUGCAGUGCUGGGGCGAUUACUUAACCACCAAAAUCAUAGAGGAAGGAAUGGGACAGACUAUUUCUUGUCCUGCUCAUAGCUGUGAUAUUCUGGUGGAUGACAACACAGUCAUGCGACUGAUUACAGAUUCGAAAGUGAAGUUGAAGUACCAGCAUUUAAUAACCAAUAGUUUUGUAGAGUGUAACCGACUGUUAAAAUGGUGUCCUGCACCUGACUGUCAUCACGUUGUCAAAGUACAGUACCCAGAUGCCAAACCUGUACGGUGCAAAUGUGGUCGGCAGUUUUGCUUCAACUGUGGAGAAAAUUGGCACGACCCAGUGAAGUGUAAGUGGUUAAGAAAAUGGAUUAAAAAAUGUGAUGAUGACAGUGAGACAUCAAACUGGAUCGCUGCAAAUACAAAGGAAUGUCCGAAAUGCCACGUCACCAUAGAGAAAGAUGGUGGCUGCAACCACAUGGUGUGCCGAAACCAGAACUGCAAAGCAGAAUUCUGCUGGGUUUGCCUGGGGCCCUGGGAGCCACAUGGCUCUGCAUGGUAUAACUGUAAUCGCUACAACGAGGAUGAUGCCAAGGCAGCGCGGGAUGCUCAAGAGGUAAAUAAUCGUUCCAGAGCAGCCCUGCAGAGGUACCUGUUCUACUGCAACCGCUACAUGAACCACAUGCAGAGUCUGCGCUUCGAGCACAAGCUGUACGCCCAGGUCAAACAGAAGAUGGAGGAGAUGCAGCAGCACAACAUGUCGUGGAUCGAGGUGCAGUUUCUGAAGAAGGCCGUGGACGUGCUGUGCCAGUGCCGCUCCACGCUCAUGUUCACCUACGUCUUUGCAUUCUACCUCAAGAAGAACAACCAGUCUAUCAUCUUCGAGAAUAACCAGGCAGAUCUGGAGAACGCCACCGAGGUUCUGUCUGGAUAUUUGGAACGAGACAUCUCCCAAGAUUCUCUGCAGGACAUUAAGCAGAAAGUACAAGAUAAAUAUAGAUACUGUGAGAGCAGACGGAGAGUGCUCCUGCAACACGUUCACGAAGGCUACGACAAGGACCUGUGGGAGUACAUCGAGGAUUGAGGCUACACCUCUACACCACAGACUCUCUGAGAGAAAACUCCACCCACUAGAGCGCUGAUGCAAUGAUAAGAGAGAGCAGCACAGACCUCGCUCCCUGGCAAACCGCCCUGCGUUGCAGAAUUUUUCCAGAUUUUUGUUCCAUGAAAAGCAUAAGAGUAAAUUAUAUUUAAAUGAAAAAGUUAGAGAAUAUAAAAAAAUACAAAUAUUACAUGUUCAACAGUAUUGUUAGCAGCGUGAAGCGCAAGACUGAGAAAUCCAACAAAAAGCUCGCAUUGUAAGGUCUUUUCCCUUCUUAUCAGUUAUGUUUGUGGACGUGUUCCGUUUGACUUUAUUUUAUAUAAUCUUUUUGUGUGUGGAAAAUGGACUUUGUUUUCAAAAUGGCUUUAAUUCUGACCAUGUCUGGCGAGAUCCGUGUUUGGGUUUGCUGAAUGUUGAUUGUAAGGAGACGACGUUUUGGCACACAGACGUUAGUGGCAUAGGACACAAAAAACACCAAAAAAAAAAAGAAGAAAAAAAGGCAAAAAUCGGUAUUUUUCAAUUUGUAAAUAAUGCAUAUGCAUGGAAGUUAAAGAGUAAGAGUGGCAUGUGUUUGCAUCAUUUUUAAAAGAUAUUUAUCUUUACAGAUAUUAAAAAAAAAAUGUAUAUUUGCUGUGUAGAUUGAGUGUCUUUCCUAUCUUGGAUCGCCCCUCUAAGGAGGUUUGGACUUGACAUAUGCUUGACGUAAAUGGGGAGUCUCCCUCCGCUCCUCCCCUUUGCUCCUCAGGGACGGAGCAGGGCUAUAUUCUGCCAAAUCCAGCAGAUCAUGCCAAGGUGGUGCGCUUCUGCCGACUAGAAGUUUUGUGGGAGCUUCUUGGCUUUACAGUUGGAGGAAAUGGGGGUAGUUUAAUGUUCGCUGCUUUUUCCAAGAGUUACAUUUUUUCAAACAGAACAGUGGUUUUCUCUGCUCUGCCUUUGCUGUUAUUCUUCUCCUAGGCAGAUUUAGGGUCGUAUGAUUUUAAGAGUUCUGAAUGAUUUCUGAGAGCCAAACUGAGUGACAUUCACUCAUAUAACCUUUUAUAUUUUUUCUUUUUGUCUCUCUGAAGUUAAUUCUUCGUCCCUGACCCCGGCUCGAGGUUCUUUCUCUUUCCGCCCAACAUUCACGUAGAUUAAAUUGAACCGAUGGGCCUGUUGAGCUGCUUUCUUGACAUCUGUUAUCAAGUGUUCUGACUGAGCCAUUGACAAACAGGGUUAGGCAUUUCCCACGAUCCAUUUUUUUUUUUUAAUUUUGCACACCGCAGAACUAGUAGUCACUGUUAUCUCCACACUGCUUUAAAGUAAUUUAGUAAAAUAAUCACACGUUUGCACCCGGGAUGGGUUUCCAAAGGACCGUUUGAGUCGUGAUAGUUUGCAGAGAAUGUGAUGUAACCUUUGUACUGUGAUGUUGCAUUUGUGUACACUUUGUUCAUGCAAAAAUGUACAAAUUGUGUGUGUGUGGAAACACCGUGGCUAUCAUUGAAGCACUGAGACCCUCUCUUCAGGGGUACUGGGGUGGGGUUCCGGGACAGACACAGGUAGGACGGUGUCAUUGUAGAUCAAGUUGGUUUAUUCAGAGAACACCAAAGUGUCAGUCUCAAACUGGUGAAUUCUGCUGGAAGCUUGAUUCAUAUAUUGGCUUUUCUUUCUUUUUUUUUAUUUCAAAUGUGCGCCAUGAAAAUAAAUGUCCUAAAAUGCAUUCUUCAUUUAAAGUAAUGUCAUUCUCUUGUGUUUGCCUAUUAAUCGUUUUACUUUGUGUGCUGGGAAUGAUUGCAGUUUGUUUUCAAGUUGUGAGUGCCGAGAUGGUCUUCCAGGUAUAAACAUACAUCAAUUGACUAUUAAAUGAGAAUUAGACAUUUCAUGCAAGCUUAUUGCAGAAUAAUAAAUUGGAAAAUCUUUCAAGUUUGGCUACUUAUUUUGCAGGUCCCUGUAGUUUCCAUUACAAAUGAAUGCAUGGUUUGUUCUGCAAAAACAUGGAAUGGUUAUACUGCCCCUGAAUGCAGUGUGUGUGUGUAACGGUCUCUUUCCGGCCUGUUUGCUUUUCAGUUAUGCCUAUUUGAUCAUGUCUGGUAGUUCAUGGGCAUCCAAAAUUAACAUUCAAGAUAACAAAAAGCAGCUACUCUCAUUUUGUUGAGACAUCCAAAAACUUUUAAUACUUUUCUACAUGUAUCCUUUCUUUAUGCGAUUAUUAUUUUUUUUGAUUUAUUGUAUACAUAGUGUACAAAUGUGUAAGAAAUUAGUUGUUCGUUUUUGAAGAAAACAAAUAUUAAAGUGCAAAAUGUUGCAAACUG